AUGGAUGUCUUACAGCGCCUGGCCAGGUUCCUGGACAGGCCUCUCUUCCCUUGGAAGAAGCUGAUCAUCGGCUUCUCGGUUGCGCAAUACCUCUUCGAGGGUUUCCUCUCUCUUCGUCAAUACCAGGUCUUGAAGAAGACCAAGCCACCAAAGGUUCUGGAACAGGAGAUAUCGCAGGAGACAUAUGACAAGAGUCAAGCAUACGGACGCGCCAAAGCCAAGUUCCAAUUUGUCAACGGUAUCUGGGGCCAGGUCACGAACAUCGCCUUCAUUCACUUCGACGUCCUCCCCAAGAUCUGGUCAUGGACCGGCGACCUCCUCCUUCGAUUUGCCCCCGCUCGCUUCUCCGGUGAAAUUACCCAUUCGAUCGCAUUCGUCUUGGCCUUCACGAUCAUCCACCAGCUCCUGUCCCUACCGGCCUCAGUCUACAAUACGUUUGUCUUGGAAGAGAAGUUUGGGUUCAACAAACAGACUCCCCAGCUCUUCGUCACCGAUCUGAUCAAGUCGCUGGGUCUGACUUUCGUCCUGACGCCUCCUAUCCUCGCUGCUUUCCUCGCCAUCAUUCAGAAGACGGGCGACCAGUUCUUCUACUACCUAUGGAUGUUUGGAGCCGGUCUGCAGGUCGUCAUGAUCACCAUCUGGCCAAUUGUCAUUAUGCCGCUCUUCAACAAGCUCACUCCUUUGGAACCCGGAAAAUUGAAGACUGGAGUCGAGGCCCUGGCUGCCAAGCUCAAGUUCCCUCUGAACGAGCUCUACGUGAUCGAUGGCAGUAAGCGGAGUGCCCACAGCAACGCAUAUUUCUUUGGAAUGCCUUGGAAGAAGCACAUUGUUAUCUAUGAUACCCUGAUCGAGAAGAGCGAAACCCAAGAGGUUGUCGCUGUCCUGGCGCACGAAUUGGGUCACUGGAGUCUGGGUCACACCACGAGGCUGUUUGGCAUUUCUCAGUUCCACUUCUUCUACAUCUUCUCGCUGUUCUCCGUCUUCAUCAACAACCAGUCUCUCUACGCCGACUUUGGAUUCAACGCUGUGAAGCCCAUCAUUGUUGGCUUUAUCCUUUUCUCCGAUGUUCUGGCCCCUAUGGACGUUUUCAUCAAGCUGGGCAUGAACAUCUUGAGCCGUCGCUACGAGUUCCAAGCUGACGCUUUCGCGUGCGACCUCGGGUACUCUGCGGACCUCGCCAAAUCUCUCAUCAAGCUCCAGAUCCAGAACCUUAGCACUAUGGAUGCGGACCCGAUGUUUGCCAGCUACCACUUCUCGCACCCCAUUCUGUCCGAGAGACUGAAGGCGCUCGAUUGGCAACCUACUGCCAAGGUCGCGCCUGUGGAUGAAAAGGACGGUGUUGCCAAGGCCACGGGAAGAGAUGAGUUGUGA